AAAAAAGAUGCUGAUGCCCACCUAUCCGGCAUUCUUGCAUCAUCGUCGCUCUAACUUCUGCUUCUUCUCUUGCUCCUCUUAAAUUUUUCUUCAAGCCUAAACUUACGACCUCUCCAGUUUUUUCCCUUUUGUUCCUGAACGCCCUUACUUACUUCUACCCCUCCUGGACCCUCUUCGUUGGUCUCCAUUCCUGACUUUCUUCUUUCUUCGUUUCUUUUCAUUCCUUCGAGAAAAGACCAAAACGUCCCUUGACCUUCUUACACACACUCACCUCUCGCUUUCCUCUCGUUUUCCGUUGUGGAUACAGAACCACGCAUCUGCAACAGGGCGCUCACCAUCGAUCUUCUUCAUAGCUCUACUAUCUCUCAUCACGACCGAACCUCGACUUCUGUGACUACAACCCAAUCCAUCAUUACUGUCCUUACAGGGGUCUCUUCAUCUUCGGGAUUUCCAAUUCUGCCGGUCGAUAUUGACACCGCCUUUUCCUCUCUCGCGCUUAGAGGAGGAAUCAAUCAAUGAUUGCUGGGAGAUAGCAUAAAACCUGUUACUACUGCUUAUAACGGCCAUCGACCAUCAGCCCACAGCCCAUCCACGCUUGUCAUGGAUCAGAACAUUCGAACGCAGGCUUCGCGGCCGGCGUCAGCCUCGAUUCCUCCACAGGGGCCUCCGAUAUUGUCACAUCUUCACCAGUAUCAGGCUCACUCACCUUACCAGGUUCCGCAGCCGCACACACUCCCUCCUCUCCAACAUCCCCAGUCUCACUCUCCAAUGCCAUCAUAUUUGGGGCAGCCAUUUCGAAAUGAUAUGCCCAGGUAUCCUGUCACUUCUACUCAUGACGUCUAUGCAGCCUCCACCGCGCCAAUGGCAACGCAUGCUCCCGUGAACAGUCUACCACCGGCCUCGUUCUUGGGCCAGCACCAGCAGCCGCAGCAGCAGUUCCCUUCACAUGGCCUCUUGCCACCAACAACUGGCGCCCAAGCCUAUCCGCAGCCAAUUGCACCUGCUCCGCCACGAGAUAGACGGCAUGAGUAUGGUAUGCCCGGUGCUCCUUUCACCGGAGCUGAGGAUAAAGGCCCAAUGUGGGCGGCACCCGAUGCAAUGUCCGCUUCAACCGCCGCGUAUCCUCCCAAGGAUGCACCACGAACUCAGGUUGUUGGCUCGCAAGGUCGACGAGGCAUCCUUCCUAGCGUUCCAGGGCGUGCAGCUAUCACCAAUGGUGUAAACGGGACUGCCAAGGGAACCGCUAUUCCAGCUAAGGAUGCUGAUGGCAAAUUCCCUUGCCCACACUGCAACAAAACAUAUCUUCACGCAAAGCAUCUAAAGCGACAUCUGUUGCGCCACACUGGCGAUCGCCCUUACAUGUGUGUUCUCUGCAAAGACACGUUCUCUCGAAGCGAUAUCCUCAAGCGUCAUUUCCAGAAAUGUUCUCUCCGACGAGGCAAUCCUACAGGAAUCAGUCACUUGUCUCACCCUCACGCUCAUCUCAAGAAAGCUCAGGCAGCGGGGGUUGUGCCUAAACCGGUGAAUCAGGGUGAUGCUCCUUCCCAACAUCCACCACCACAGCACCCUCAUCCUCAGCAGCCGCAGCAGAACAUUGACUGGUCUGUCCUUCAAUCGGGUUCGCAUGAGAACUACAUGCCCGGCCCGCCAGUCUACCCUACGUCCAUGACACCAGUGAAUGACGGAAUGCAUGCACAUGUCGAUGCUGAUCGCAAGUACUAUCCUGCCACCACUGCUGGACAGCAGGAAAAUGGUGGUUUGAACGGUCUUUACCUUGCAUCCACCAGCUUAAGCGGUGAUGGUACGUACCGCUCCGUAUACCCUCAUCUACCAAACAAAAUGACAAUAUGGAAUUGCAUGCUAACACAACAUUAACAGGAACCGUUCAGCCUGCUAGACAAUGACGGACGAUUAAAGCGACUCCAAGCCUAUCUCGAUACCACUUUUUUACCUAGAGUUCUGUGACGGCCGAAUUGUGAACGAGUUUCUCUUAUUAAUCCCUUACAAUUUUUCGUUUCCCUUUGAUCUCGACCUUCCUCCUUAAUACAUUCCGUCUCAUACAGCCAAUUAGUGGUCGAGCGCCCGUGCGGGGCACGGUCCGGAUACUCGACAAGAAAUCAUACAUCGCCAUCAAAAUUGAAGCAAAUGGAAACCAGCAUUAUAGACUCGGGUGGAGCAUUUAUUUGUUUUUCUCUUUCUUACUCUCUCUUUUCCUCUCUGUGGGAUAUCUGCUUUGCAACGGUCUUUCCUUUUGCGAUCUCGUCCAAGUAAGGAGUUUGUCGUUCAUUCCUUUCCGUUUACUGCUUAUCCUCUCCCUAUUUUCGUUAUUAACUGCUGCAUACAUCGGUGAGAUCAUUAGACGAGGACUUGUCCCCCUUUAUAAACCCUUUUUAUUGUUGUUGUUUUUAUACACUUCCCCCUUUGGCUUAUUUGUAUUAUUCCCCUAUUUUCCUUCGUCUGGAAAAUAUGUCUUAAUACGUGUUUUCUUCCCCUGAUUUGUACUUUUUUCCCCCUUUCUUAGUUUCAUUCCUUUCCUUUUGGAGAAAAUCGGCGGGAGAGGGAGAAGAAAAAAAAAGCUCAUUUCAUCGGUGGAAAGCACUGUUUGGCAUAGAAACGAAAGACUUUCCUUUCGUUUUGGGGAUAAUGCGAGUUGUUGUUUGUUUAUUGUCUUGCUUUCAUUCGCUCUUUACAUACACGGUGGGCGGCUCGCGAUCGAUACAUUACACUUGGGCUUUUUUUUGGUUCCUGGGGGAGAGAAAAAGAAAAGAAAAAUCAUCACUGUUAUAUCAUAAUUUGUUCAAUUUAUCCUCUUUCAAGACGCUCGUUGCUGGCUGGCCUGUUUGUCUGCAAUGCUUUUCUUCCUUGCCUGGACUUGACCGUCUUGCCUGCUAAGCUUCCUUACUAAUUGCACUCCUCGCGCUAAAUGUUUUGUCCCUUGAUAAACUGUUGGCAAUAAUGUUUGCUACAUGCAUGCUGCGUUCCAUGAUUAUACCCUUGCCUGCGUGUGGUUUCCAUACCCUGGGGCGAUCCGACAAUAGACGGCUAUUUGAUAUCCAAUAUUUAGCGACACUUUCGGCCUUUGCCCAAAUUUAAUC